UUAUUUAUCAACAAGUUACAACAUUAACUAUUUUACUACUUUGCUUGUCCAACUUGGCAUAUAGAAAUGUCGUUUACAUCUAUUCCAAUUCUGGACCUAGCUGCGGCUCAGGAUCCCGCUACCAAGCCUCAGUUUCUAAAGGAACUUCGUCAUGCGUUAAUGGAAGUUGGCUUCUUGUAUCUCAAGAAUGUUGGCAUCUCGGAUGAGUUGUUUCAGAAGAUCAUUGAACUUGGAAAGGGUUUCUUUGACAUUCCCGAGGAAGAGAAACUCAAGAUUGAGAUGAAGAAUGCGCCCUCUUUCCUAGGCUACUCUCGUCUCUCAGCGGAGAUCACAGCUGGAGAGAUUGAUCAUCGUGAACAAAUUGAUCUCUCAACAGAGCAUCCUAUCCCUGGGCCUGGUGCUCCUCUAUAUCGUAACCUGUUAGCACCCAAUCAAUGGCCAUCCGAGGACUCGUUGCCUGAGUUCCGCAAAGUGUAUACAGACUACAUGGAGCGCAUGGGCAAGAUCUCAAUUCAGUUUACGUCUCUCAUCGCCGAAGCUAUUGAACUUCCCAGCGACGCCUUUAAUAAAUACUUUGAUGAAGAUCAGCAACACAAGCUCAAGAUUGUCAAGUACCCCGAUGCAAAGGAACUCGGCAUCGAAGGAAAUGUGCAGGGCCAGGGCGUAGGUCCUCACAAAGACAGCAUGCUUACAAGCUAUCUCCUCCAGGCGACAUCGCACAAGGGUCUUCAAGUACAGAACGUUCGAGGCGACUGGAUUGACUGUGAGCCAAUACCCGGAACCCUCGUCGUUGCUAUCGGCCAAGGCUUAGAGGCACUUACACAAGGCGUCUGCGUCUCUACAACACAUCGUGUCCUCUCCCCCGCUGCCGGCUCAGGUGCACGCUUCUCUAUUCCCUUCUUCCAAGGCGUGCGCAUGAGCGCUGAGUUUGAAGAUCUGGAGAAAGUUGGCGUUGGUCUUGUACCAGAGGAAGUACGGGAGCAGCGUCGCAAGAUCGUGGAGCGCAAUGGCGGACGUAUUGAUGAUGUCGAGUUUACUUUCCGAGCUGGCGGUGCUUCAAAGACGCUUGGUGAGGCAACAUUGCGAAAUCGGGUCAAGAGUCAUCCUGACGUUGGAGAGCGCUGGUAUCCUGAUAUUCUGGCUAGCAUCCGUGAGGAACAGGCGAAGGCGAAGCAGCAGAAGGAGGCUGCAGCACCAGUCGUGAAAACGCCCCCGAAGGCUGUAGAGGCUCAUUAGGUAGCAGAUGGCAAACACGGAGGAAUGGCAAGA